CCAAGAUCCAAGAUGGCGCUGCGAGGACUGAGUAGCUGUGUCUCUUUUGUACUUCGUCAGAGUCAUUCUCCAAGAUUAGAAGUGUUAUGUUCGGCAGUGAAAUUUAACUGUUUUACUUGCAGAAUUGAAGCCAGGCGUUACCUCUUGUCAGAGGAUGUGGUGAGACUGGAUGAUUUUCAGAAGAAGAAACUUGCUGUGGCUCGACAGUUGUCUGGAUCAAAAGAGCAUUUCUUCAAUGCAUUAAAUAAGAAAAUGGAAACUAAUCAGUUGAUCCUGAAGGAUGAACUGAAGCUGCUUCUCCUUCUCUGCCAGUCACCUGAGGAUAUGGUUAUGGCUAGAAAAGCUAUCUACAGGUACCAUGAAGAAAAUGGGAAUAUGAUAUUUGGGGAGUUCAGGUUUGGACCCUUGUUUAUGAGGCUGUGUUAUGAGCUGGGCCUGGCAGAUUUAGCAUUCACUACACUAACUGAUAAGAGGUUAAAAGGAUUCUUUCCAGACUGUACAUCAUUUAACCUGGCCAUAGAUCUGCUAUUCAGUAAAGGACAAUUUGAAGGUGUGUUGGAGCUGAUAAGGGAAAUGAAAGCUCAAGGUGUUGCUUUCAACAAGGACACCUUCACACUAGCGUUUGCUACCUGCUACAAGCUAAACACCCCUAAGUCAUACCAGAUCUGCUUAGCCUUGCUAGAGGAAGGUCAGACAAAAGUCAGCUUUAUUCCUAGACAUGCUUAUUGCAUUGCAGUUGCCUUUGCACUCAAGCAGGAUGACGUUGAGCGAGCAAAGAGUAUCUACUCUCAGAUCAUGAACACAGACAGCAGACUAUGCCAAAACCUGAGAGUGCUUCUGUUGGCCAUGGCAGGAUCAAUAAAAGAUGCAAUCUCUGUCCUCACAACAGCCCUGUUAUCCGAUAGUUUAGUGUUUGUAAAGAAGCCAGACUUCUGCCAAGAAGUGGUGGAUGUAUUGAAAAAAAGAAGUGAAGAUGGGCCAUGGAAAAUGCAAGUUGAGCAUUUGGUUAAUCAGCUGCAGCAGGCAGGUCAGGUGAACCCAGAAAGGCUGGACCACUUGCUGUACCGCACUCCUACUGGGAAAAGGAAGCUUUUUUCUUUUCUGCAUGAGGGAAACAGGAGGACCAGCAGCCAAAGGACUCUGAGACCACUGCUGUCAGAGUGAACUCACACACAUGAUGGUCAUGGCCACUGCUGAACUUAAUAAAAUAUGAGUAAUGCACAAUACUGAUGCAUCUGUUCCUGGUAUUAAAACCAUAAUGUUUUCCUUAGAAGUGUGAGGGGAAAAAUUUCCCUAAGUUGGCUAUCCAGAGUGACCAGAAAAUACUGAGUUGUUGGUGUUCGUGUAUUGUGAGACUUGAGUAGAAAAUGAAUUUAAUUCUCAAACUGACAAUAUUUCUCCUAAAUUCAAAAUAUAACUAUUGUUAUUUAGAGUGUAUAUUUAAAGGAAAUGACAACACAUAAAAAUAACCCAAGAUCAUGCAGUAUUUGCAGAGCUUUAAUAACUCAAAUAAAACAAAAUGCAAAUAAUUUGUGAACAAAUUGUGUUAAUGCUUUGGCUAAAUAACAUUAAGAAAUCAGUAUUUGGUGGAAUAACCCCGAUUUCCAUGCGUUUUGGCUCCCUGCUCUCCACCAGUUAUUCACAUUGCUGUUGGGUAACUUUAUACCACUCUUUUUGCAAAAAAGCAAACAGAUCAUGGUUUGUGACCAUCCAUCUUCCUCUGGAUGACAUUCUAGAGGUUUUCAAUAGAGUUCAAAUCUGGAGAUUGGGCAGUGGUCUCUUAUUUUUUUUUCCAGAGCUGUAUAUAUAUGUGUGUAUAUAUAGACUCAUAGACUGCAUUUAUUAUAGUGUACUUAAGUUGUAGUUUUGAAGAGGCACAUUUUUAGUGUUGACUAAAACUGUGAUGUAACAUGAAGUUCUCAUUAAGUUAUUUCUGUAGGAGUGUAAGGGUUCCCAGCUUUCAAUCAUUUAGAUAUUAAACUUUUUUCUAUUAAAUUAAAUUUAUUAAUUAAAUUAUUUUUUCUAUUAAAUC